AUGAAUGAGAACGAUGCAGAGGAUCUGCGCGCUUGGCUUCAUGGGGACCACCACUUCCUUGGGCGAAUCUGGAAGGCCUUUUAUUCAAGCCCUCUCAAGACGCCGGCAUCGCCAAGCCUCAGUGACAAAACCCCCAAAGAUCCCACUGACAACAGGCAAAAGAAGCAUUAUGACUACCAGGAACGUGUCUACUUCUUCGCUGUCAACGGCAACCAUUUCCGACCACCUGAGGACCCGGCUUGCCCUAUCCCUCCGGCCCACGAAGCUCUUACGCCACAAUGUCGAACAAAGCUGAGCUACGCAGACUUUCUCGACUGGGCCAUCAGCGCACAGAGCUCCUCGGAACAGCCGUUUUUGAAGUUGUUUUCCCGUAUAGCUCUCGGCCUCAGCAAGACUGACCCUACAGUGAUACUCGAGCCUGGCCAAAUCUAUCACAAAGAAAAGGAUCUUCUAUCGCCGACUGGCGCGGUGAUGAAUGACGGUAUCGCUCGCAUGUCACGAGCCUUGGCCAGGAAGGUUGCUGAGUGCCUCAACUUAGAUGAGCUGCCUAGCUCGUUCCAAGGACGGUUCGGAAGUGCAAAGGGCAUGUGGAUUGUGGAUGUCCACGACGAUGGACUCGACAAGUCCAUAUGGAUCGAGACCUACCCCUCGCAGCGAAAAUGGGAUUGCGACUUCCAGGACCCGCAUCAUCGUACUUUUGAAGUUCGAUCGUAUUCCAAGGAGCUGCGUUCCGCCAACUUGAAUCAGCAGUUCAUCCCGAUCCUGACACACCAGGCAAAGGACCCUACUGCUGUGAAGAAUACCAUUGUGGAAUGUAUCAAAACAGGACUCUGCGCGGAUCUGGCGGAGCUUCGGGACGCUUUUCCAGACAGUCGUGAUUUGCUGCUGUGGUUGCAACGGGCUGGUUUCAUGUCCACAUUCAGUCGCCAGUCGCAAGGGCAAAUUCCAUACUUGGGGCGCGUUCCGGACGACGAAGGAGAGCGAGCGUGUGCUACACUGCUGUCUGGGUUCGACGCGAAAUGCCAAUACACAUCGAACUUGUUUUGGAAGAUGGCAGAGAGAAAGGCCGACGAUCUCAAACUCUCUAUGAAGAUCCAGAUACCCUGUUCCGCCUAUGCAUACAUGGUCCUUGACUUUGAUGGCAUUCUUGCGCCGGACGAGAUACACCUCUCCUUCUCCACCAAGUUUCAAGCGGGCGACUUUUCGGAUACCAACAUUGAGGGGGUGGACGUGCUUGUAGGCCGGUCGCCCGCUCACUUUCCCAGCGAUAUUCAGAGAGUCCGGGCGGUGUCGAAGCCGGAGCUCAGGCGCUUGAAGGACGUUGUCAUAUUUCCAAGCACUGGCGACACGUCUCUGGCGGACUUGCUGUCCGGGGGUGACUACGACGGCGAUAUGGCCUGGGUCUGCUGGGAUCAGUCGAUCGUGGGCGGGUUUCAAAAUGCAGAGCCGCCUCCAAAAUAUGAUUUUGUCGAGGAAGGGUACUUGACCAAAAAUCGCGCCCGCUUUUCAGACAUUGUCCGAGGCCAUGACGGGGACAUGGAUAAGGCGUGUGAAGACUUUCGCAUCGAGGGUCUGUCGUUCGCAAUGGAGCCUUCUUUGUUGGGCAAAUGCACCAAAUACAAGGAGAAAUUGACAUACUGGACGAAUAGCGUCGAUAGCGAGCAGGCAGUGCUCGUGAGCAAUCUCCUGGGCGAGUUGGUCGAUCAGAAAAAGGCUGGCACGACGUUUACCGAGGAUAAUUGGCUCCGGUUCCGCCAGGAAAGACUGCAGUGUCCAAUCAAGUACGAAAGCCCGGAGUACGAAAAGGAGCGCGCCUCCGACGCGUGUAGGGAGAAAUUGCCCAAGGACAAGCACGUCCUGGACUACAUCAAGUUCGAUGUCGCCAAGAAAGUUGUGGAUCGAGCCCUCGAGGACGUUCAUCAUGCACGAGCCGCCCGAGAGCCUCUCGCGUACGAUGAGCACGUCUGUCAGGUAUACCGAGAGUGGGACAUGAUCGCGCGCGACUCGAAUACGCGCAAAAGCAUGAUGGCAACGUUGCGCGCCGACCUCUAUGACCUGGAGAAGAAAUGGACGGAAUCAGUCAACGAGAACAAGGGCUUUAGGGAAAGGGUGACGUUGCACUACGAGCGAUGGGUCAAGAUUGCGCCACCUGUCCGGGUCCGGGGUAACAGUGUGGUGAAGCAACUCAAGGGACUGCACGAUAGGUUUGUCCCCCUUGGUGUCGCCUACUACCAGACACUGGACGACGACGACUGGACCGCGCCGUUCAGUCAUUGGAGCCUACUGAAGGCAUCGACUACGUUCCACAUGUUCUACAGCAAGCGACUAGACUUUGCGUGGUACAUGGCAGGGAAGCAGAUCCUCGCAUUGAAAGCAAAUGUCAUCUCUAACAAGCCCGAGUACCAGAGGUCGUCAGCGUCUACCGUGGUCCCGUAUAUGAUGCCUCUGCUGAAACCGGACGGCAAAGCCAUCGCCAAGCUCGCCGCGAAACGAAAGGCUGCGGCUGCGGCUGCGGAGUCUGAUCUGGAGGACAAACUGGAUGAGGCCGAGGAUUAUUGGGAUGAGGUCGGCACAGUCAUUGAUGACUGCUGA